CCCAAUUGACUUUCUAAACGAAAAGUUUAAGGGAUUGACCCUACGGGUAGCCAUGCCUUUUGACUUGACUAACUUCGAUAGUAUCUUUGACCCGAAUGAUACCAGGUUGAAGUCCGAGUCAAACGAACCAAAGGAAAAUGUUGCAACAACAACAUCAAAUAGGGUACCAAAUGAUAGUAAUGGAAUUACCAACGCAGAAAGCGUAGAUUCGGUACUUUCAGGAUCCACCUCAGCAGAAUUGCAUGGAGAUGUAAUUAAUGAAACAGCAUCUAAUAAAACUUCAUCAAAUGCAAAUGCAAGUCGCAUUUUAAAUCAAUUCUCGCCUAAACUUUCACCAUUCACUGAAGCUGGUUCUUCAAGUUAUGAUGAUUACUAUGUGGAAGCAACCAAUUUUCAAGUUCCAAUUGAAAACACCACCAAUACCACCAUGAAGUCAAAUAAAAGAACGUUUCCUCAAUGGACUUAUGAUACUGAUAAUUUAUUAUUAAAUUUGGUUUUCAAAUUUAAAGAUACUAUUUUCACUAGGGGUUUUGCUAAUAAAACUUGGUUAGUGAUUUUAGAAGAGUUCAAUAAGCAAUGUAAUUCAAAUAUAAUUCAAACUAGAACCAUAAGUAAUCGGUUCAAAUUCUUGAUCAGGCAUUUUAGAAAUCGAUUUCCUAGUUUAAAUCCGGUUGAUCAAACCCUAAUGUUUAACGAUAAUGAACGGUUAUUGAAUGAAUUGAAUCAGAUAAUUAUCAGGAAAGAUCAUGAAAAUGUUAGAAAAAGGAAUAAACAAGAUGUUGAUUAUCUUGUUUCCGAUGACCAGGUCAAUGAAACUAUUACUUUACCAUCGCAAAUUGACUCCCGUAUACCGAUGCAACAACCAAUACAACCAGUUCCAAUACAACAAGUACCACCAGUACAACCAGUACAACCGAUACAGCAAAUACAACAGGUACAACCGGUACAGCAGAUACAACCGGCGCAGCCAGUACAACCAGUACAACAACCUAAUACUCAAGAAUUACUUAAACAUUUACUUCUUGCCCAAGAACAAACCAAUCAACAAGGUGAACAACUAGUCAAUUUGAGAAAAGAAUUCGAAUUGCUCAAAUUCGAACUGGAACUGAAAUUCAACCAGAUCUUAAAACUAUUAAAGCAUUCAAAUCCCGACUUCGGCCAGGACUCAGAUAUCUCAAAAAUUAAUAAGUAA